AUGACAGAGUCCAAGACCGGCGAAAGGGCGCCUGUCCACUACGCAAUGAAAACCCCAUCAACAACGAGAUCAUCAGGAGCGCCGCGGUCCUCUCAUGGUCGUGCUCACUCCCGCUCCAACUCACACGCCAAACGAUCUGCCCAUGGCUCCAAGGCCUCUACUCCCGUCGCUUCUCCAAGGAUGCCAUUCUCCGUUGGCCAAGCCUAUCCUCCUCCGCCGCGGCUCUCUCCCGGCAGAAUUGCAGAUGCGCGAGCUACGAGUCCCAAUUACUUUGGCUUGGCGCCUGCCGAGUCGUCCAACGACGGUAGGGACAGCUCACUCCUGCCUCGCGAUAACUGGAGCCCCCCUACCUCGUCGGUCAAGUCUUUCACUGCCGCCCUCCCGAGACAGGUAACUAUCGACGCGAACCCAGACUACGAGGCCUUUAGAAGGCAGGCCGAUCUGAACCGCGGCGAAAGCUUCUUCAACCUAUCGUCCUCGCACUUUGGCGCACCGUCCACACCAGGCGACACUGGUGCUGCUCCUGCUCGCCCUCGUCCUCCUCCUAGAUGGCAUACUCACGCCAGCGAUAGCAUAUCAGAAACACCAGCGAGCCGCACGACAAGAGAACGACCUGCAAGCCGUAUGGAUGUCGAUCAGGCCAGCGCUCACGAUUCAGCCUAUGUGUCGUCCGAUUCUAGGCCGGACGUGGAAUCAUCAAUUCAGCCUCCCUCAAUCUUGGGCAUGCCCAGAUCCGAGUCUCCACGGCAAUCUGCAUCCCCGUUCGAACGGAGGACGAUGUUGUCUUCUGUUGAGGAUCGCCACCCGAGACUGUCUAUUCCGAACAGUAGGCCAGAUCCGCCGACACCAUCUGUCCUGGGCAGAUCGCACCAGCGAGCCGAGACGUUACCUGCCGACAUGGAACAUGGACCAUCUCUGAUCAGUCCCUCGCAUCUGAAGUCUCUGUUGGAAUCGCAAACCAGAGACACUGACCUGCUGUUGCUAGACUUGAGGGUGUCUCAACAAUAUCUGCAUGCGCGAGUAAAGAGUGCUCUCAAUCUUUGCACGCCUACCACGUUGUUAAAGCGAGCGACCUUUAAUCUUACGAAGCUGCAACAAACGUUUCAGAAUCCCGAAGACAAAGAGCAAUUCACGAAGUGGGCAUCCACGCAAAACCUAGUCGUAUACGAUUCGCACUCUUCAGAAAAGCGCGACGCCAUGUCUUGCGUCAAUAUGGUUAAGAAGUUUGUCGCCGAAGGCUACCAAGGUGGCAUGUUUAUCUUGCGAGGCGGUUUUAAAGCGUUUUCUGAAGCAUACCCUGACUUUGUCGAAAACGGCGCUCCAACCGGCAUCGACGACGGCUCUGGACGCCUCGGCAACAACAGUGGUGGCAACGCAGGUAUCCUGCCCGUCAUUGGAGGCGUCAUGCUACCGAACGCAUCAAAUAACCCCAAUCCGUUUUUUUCGAAUAUCAGACAAAAUAUGGAUCUCGCAGACGGAGUCGGGCAGCUCGAAAUUGCGCGACCCAAAGGCUUGGACUCUCCUUCACUUCCACGCUGGCUCCGAGACGCAUCCACCAUUGGCGAUCACGGCAAACAAGUGUCGGAAAAAUUCUUGCACAUUGAAAAGGAUGAGCAAUCACGCAUGAAGAAGGCCUAUUCCGUCUUUAACCCGGAGUCCAAAUCAAUGGGUACGAUUCCAGUCCAACUUUCAGGUAUCGAGAAGGGUGUCAAGAAUCGCUACAAGGACAUUUUGCCCUUUGACCAUUCUCGCGUUAAGCUGCAGGGCCGAGAGAGUGGAGCUUGCGAUUAUGUCAACGCCAGUCAUAUCAAGGCGUCGAGAAGCAACAAGCGAUACAUUGCGGCUCAAGGGCCUCUACCUGCCACUUACGAGGACUUCUGGUCCGUGAUUUGGGAUCAAGACAUUCGGGUCAUCGUUAUGUUAACAGCCGAGUCCGAAGGUGGCCAACUCAAGUGCCAUCCAUAUUGGAAAGGCAACGAAUUUGGUCACACCAAGCUCAGGCUUCUGUCUGAGAAGAAAGUCUCCCUUGACAUUGACAAGCAUCGCUCUGGUUCACAUGCACAGACGACAUCUCAACCGUCAGCAGACAUUGGCCGAAGAAGGGCAAAUACGACGACAUCUACGACGUCGCUGGAAGGCGCAACACCGGCCCCGGCUUCCACAUCAUCCAGCGACUCGCCCUACGUCAUCGUCCGCAAGUUCGCCAUGUCACACGCAGCGCAUCCAUUUGCCCCAAUUCGUGAGAUCACGCAUCUUCAUUACCCGUCAUGGCCUGAUUUUGGUGCACCGGCUCAACCUUCCCACCUUCUCGGUCUGGUGGAACUGGCCAAUGUCAUGCAGCGCGCGGCUCUGCCUGUAGACACGCCAUCGGUGACUGGCCCUCGCGCAUCGCCAGAUCCGCCGAUGGCUUGGUACGACGAGCCGGAAGCUGAUGCACAGGCGCGACCAAUGCUGGUGCACUGCUCGGCCGGGUGCGGUCGCACUGGAACUUUUUGCACCGUGGACAGCGUGAUCGACAUGCUCAAACGGCAGCGGCUGGCGCGGACGACCUUGAAACCGGUUCGCAAGCGCGAUUCGGACGGCGACAUCAAGAUGAGCGGAGAGCGCCAAGUAGAGGAAGCGGUGUCACCGAAGACGGCCCAAGAAAAGGCGUUCAACUUUGCCACGUCCCCUCAGCGGUCGAGUCGCUCAAGCCCAGAGGGCAAGCCAGCUUGGGAGGGCCCCUCACUCAACACGGCGUGGGUGGGAGAUGACACGAUCGACCUCAUUGCUGAGACUGUGGAGGACUUCCGUAGCCAGCGACUCAGCAUGGUCCAGAGUCUCCGCCAGGGGUAA